AGCAGAACAACAACCACUUCAGACACUGGCAUUAAGAUGAUGAGACUACUCCUACUACUACUACUACUACUCCAUCCUACUACUAUCCUCACACUCUGGCCGAAACCACAACAGCUGGAACAGGGACAAGAACUGAUCAGACUCGCAAACAACUUCACCAUCAACUUCAGACCACCCAAGCCAACCACCAUCUCAAUCGACCUAGCUUCAGCCAUCUCAACCACCCUCAACCAGCUCCAAACCGACAACCACCAACCACUGACGACCGACAGAGGAAGAGCGAACCACAAGAGACUGACGACCACCAAACUCAAGCAACUAUCGAUCGAACUCACACCCAAACCACCAGCCCAACAACACCAUCUUACAAGCACUACUACUACUACUACUGGAUGUGAUCAAGAACAACAACCAAUCCACUCAAAUAUCGACCUCCUACUCUGCCAUCAUCCAUUCACCAACUCAAACUACCACCAAGCAACAACUGCAACACAACCACAAUCACAAUCACUGCCCUCCUCAACCAGCAAUGGCCCAAGUAUCGUCGCUGAGAUGCAGUACCCACUCAAGGCGCGUGACGAGGCGUAUGAGAUCAAGAUCCAAGCCACCGAUCACACCCAGCAAGACUAUACUGCACUGCUCUCAGCCAACAGCGCACUAGGCCUCCUACGCGGACUACAGACAUUCAGCCAACUAGUCUACACACUCAAUCCACCACCCUCCACCAAGGAGACCAAGACCCAGAAACUAUCUGGAGGGAACGAGGAACAGGCGGUCAGAUACAUCCAAGGACCAUUACACAUCAAGGACCAACCUGCGUUCCCCUAUCGAGGAUUACUACUAGACACCAGUCGAAACUACUAUUCGAUCGACAGUUUGAAGAAAACCAUCAAGACCAUGAGCGCCGCGAAGCUGAACAUCCUGCAUUGGCACAUCGUCGACUCCCAAUCCUGGCCGCUCCAGAUCCCCUUCCAUCCGCAACUCGCCGACAAUGGGGCCUACUCCGAGCACGAAACUUACUCGGUCGAGGAGAUCAUCGAGCUCACUCACUUCGCUAACGCCAGAGGCGUCGAAAUCCUCCUCGAAAUCGAUACUCCCGGACAUACCGCUAUCAUCGGCGAAAGCUUCCCUGAACUAAUCGCUUGCAAGAAUAAGGCUCCUUGGUCUAAUUACGCCGCCGAACCCCCUGCCGGGCAACUUAGAAUCGCUGAUGAUCGCGCACUCGCUUUGGUUAACGAGAUCUUCGACUUACUCACCACUCAAAUCCCUGGCACAUUAUUCUCGAGUGGGGGAGACGAAGUGAACAAGAAAUGUUACGAAGAAGAUGGCCCAACCCAAGCGAGUUUACGAGCCAAGAAUGAGAAUCUCUCAGAAGCCUUGACGAAGUUUGUGAUGAAGACGCACGAGACGAUCAGACGAUCGGGGAAAGUGCCGGUGGUCUGGGAGGAGCUAGUCUUGGACGAAGCGAUCCCAUUAGCCGUCGACCAAACCUUAGUCACUGUCUGGAGGAACUCCUCGAUGGUCCAGAAAGUCGUCCAGAAAGGUUACUCGAUCAUCCAUGGGGCCAGCGAUUACUCUUAUCUCGAUUGUGGACUGGGUGGGUGGCUGGGUAAUUCAAUCAACGGUACCUCGUGGUGUGACCCGUUUAAAACCUGGCAAAAGAUAUACUCGUUUGAUCCGUACAAGAACGUCGAACAGCACCGACACAAACAAGUGCUUGGAGGUCAGGCGCUCCUUUGGUCCGAACAGACCGACGAACAAAAUAUGGACGGGAUCAUCUGGCCUCGUGCUUUGUCGACGGCCGAGGUUUAUUGGACCGGGAAUCAGCAUGCGCGGUCGGUUUCUGAAGCGCUUCCACGGAUGCAUGACAUGAGAUAUCGACUGGUCCAACGCGGCGUCAGAGCCGCGCCGCUUCAGCCUCAUUGGUGUGCUCUUAGACCCGGCCAAUGCGAUCUUCCAGCUGGUACUCAAGAGGAUUGAACAUCUUCCUGUUCUUUUCUUUCCUUAUAACACAAGACCAAAAAUUUGGACUCGCUUCUCAAUUGCUACAAAUAAACAGACAACCAACACUAUAAAAAGUGGUUCAGUUAGGAGAAACACUCGGAGUUGUCCUUACACAAUCCCUUCUCUUAAUCUUCCCCUUCCCCUUCCCCUUCCCCUUCCUCUUUUUUUUCACUCACUUUCAAAAUCAACUAAAUUAACCACAAAACAAAACCUAAAAAAA